AUGACAUUUAUAGCUAAGACAUUUUAUGAUCUGCGUGCAACUACACUGGAAGGGGAAACAAAAGAUUUCAAUAUUUUCAGAGGAAGAGUGGUGUUAAUUGAAAAUGUGGCAUCACUUUGAGGGACAACCACCCGGGACUAUAUGCAGCUUAAUGAGCUCCAGAGCAGGUACCCUCACCGGCUUGUGGUCCUGGGCUUUCCCUGCAACCAGUUUGGAUACCAGGAGAACUGUUCUGAUGCAGAAAUUCUAAAUUCCUUGAAAUAUGUACGGCCAGGUGAAGGGUAUAAGCCUGCAUUCACCAUUUUUGAGAAGUGCAUUGUAAAUGGAAGUGAUACACAUCCUGUCUUUUCUUACUUGAAAGACAAGCUUCCUUACCCAGAUGAUGACCCUAUGUCAUUUAUGCAGGACCCUAAAUAUCUGGUCUGGAAUCCCAUCAGUCGGAAUGAUAUUUCAUGGAAUUUUGAAAAAUUUCUAAUUGGACCAGAGGGUGAGCCCUUCAAGAGAUACAGUAAAAAGUUUCAGACUAUCAAUAUUGAACCAGACAUUCAAAGACUACUGAAACUAACUAAGAACUAA